AUGAGCUUACCCAGUACCAACAUCGACCCAGAGUAAGUUGUUUGAUAUACAUUAAGUUAUUUAUGUUUAGGUAUUCCUUUUUGGCCAAAACAUUUAACUAUAAAAGCCCCCAGAGGGCUUUUUUGUAUAAAAAGGCAACUUAUAGCAGGUUUAUAUAUGCCAAUGCUAAUAGUGUCAACUGAAAUAUCAAAAAAGGAAACUUUAUAUAAACUUCAUCAUUUUGUUAUUUUCUUAAAAACGGUCAUAAAGUGUCAUUUUGUAUUACCUAUCUUUCUUAUAUUCAUAACGUUCCAGCUUAAUGACCGACGAAGAAUAUGCGGCCCAACUUCAACAACAAUAUGAUGAUGAAGACAUGUUGACCAACCAAUUAAACAGUACCUUCAACUUCACAUCACACAACCCUCAAAACACCCCCAAUUCGAAUGCCAAUGCUGAGAAGGAUGAAGAAAUGGCGAGGAAACUUCAGAGAAAGUUCUACUUGGACAUGAAGAAGCAAGGAUUCAGCGACAUGGACCUGGCUUCAAUGUUGGACACUGUAGGCGAAGAGAACGAGUUGGAAGCCGCUUUAAGAGCAUCAGUUGGAGCACCAGCUCAAAGUUACAUCGAGAAGUACAUUGUGACAUUGUAUAACAACUUGAAGUACGAUAUUAAUGCUACCGUCACAAUGAAUGACGAAUUUCAAGAGUUUCGACUUCAGGUUGUUCAGAGUUUGGUGUUCAUGUCACAAGAACGAGUCAUCGAGCCUACUGACAUGGCUGAAUAUGUACGUUUUUUGAGUUGUGUGUUACUUUCUAGAAGUUUAGCUACUGUAAGCUGCUAUAAUAGUAUUGAUCUCAUUGUAUGGCGAUAAUAAUGCUUAAAUAGAUGAAGUUAUUAUAGAUAAUAUUACGUUGUUACACAACUUUUGACUUUAGAUAGCCGAAAACUUUGUUUUUAAAGCCGAAACAUGGCAAGAAAUGGAAGCGGGUUACUUCAUGUUAAUACCUCUUAUACCAAACAUAUCACCGUAAGCUUGUUACAUAUAUUUUUGAAAUUACAGUAAUGUAAAUUUCAAUUUUACUUACCAUUGAAAUGUGAAUUUUUAAUCACACAGUUCAUUGUAAAGGUAACUCAAUAUUUAAAAUAAUAUUAACCUACUUUCAGAUGGAUGCAUCUCCACACCUCGAAUCUUUCAGAAUCCUGGAUGGACAAACUUUAUCAGAAAGCUUUACAACUCAAUGGCAGCGAAAAUCCCGUCCUGGUAUUGACUGUGAUCCGCUUCAUGAACAUAUCCAAACGUUUCGUGUUCAUGAGGACGGAAGAGUGUGCCAUAUUCGCCGAAUGGUAUCUGACUCUGCCAUUCAAGGAAGUAUAUCAAGAUGAGAUUGCUUCAGCACUAUCAGUACUAUGUUCAAGUGCUGUGAAUCGACUGUUUCCCUUCUUCGAACGUAUCUUCCCCUUGAUAGAGACAGUUGAGAGUUCGAAGAGAGAAGCCGAAGCCAUCGAGGAUAACAUCCACAAUCUUCUGAAGGCGUGUACGUGUGUUAUUAACGACCAACCCGAGAGUACGUUAGUGUCACAUCUGCAGAUUCUAUUCAUGAAGUCUGUAGACGUUCUGACUAUGGUAAGUGUCAAUUUUUGGUUUGAUAAAAUAGCACUAACAGCCUGUUGAUUUAAUUAUUGCAAUACUGAUGAUAAUGGGAUACAGUUUCAACUUUUAUAUUAGUUUAUAUGGUUUUCAGCUUAUCAAUAACAAGGACAUUGGCGUCGGUAACAACUACUCAUCUGCGUCAUGGAAGACCAGUGCCAAGUGUCCCAUUUUAUGGCUGAAGAGGCUGAACGUCAUCAUUUCGUCAUUGGGACCUUGGAAUUGCCAAAGAGCCUACACCAAAGAUUUAAGUAUACUGUACUCUUGUUAAAGUAACAAUAUUAUAGCUUCAUGACCUACUUUAACAUAAGAACUUUUAUGAGUACCAAUUUACUUACCAUUCCUGACUAACACCUUGUUCCAUUUGCAGGUAGUGAACAGCUAUAAUUCAGCCGAGCCUUGGCAGAGCCUCUAUCAGCAGACUGCAGCUACAAUUUGUCGUACUUUGAUUGUUUAUGCUGAUGAUGUGACCGUAGUUCAAGAGUGUGUAAAUACGAUAGGAUUUAUGGUAAAAGAAUACUACAAAACCAGUGAUAACAUCUUGAAAAUGCUGGCAGAACAACUGGAAUUUGGCUUCUUGACCAACGGUUCUCUAGAGUUUCUGACCGUAAUCAAAGAGGCCGUCUUCAAGUUCGGAAUGUCAUUACAAGGCGUGGCCGAAAGCUUCGGCAAUCUUAUUGAUGUAGGUUAACGUAUAGCUAAUAGUUUUUAUUUCAAACGCUUUGUCAUUACCUUUUUUGUAAAAAAAAGUAUUAUCAUACGUUCAUUAUGCCAUCAGUAACUUUCAUUUAUGCCAUCAUAAUUACCUUAAUCUACUCCAGAAUGUACUGUACUCUGUCUACAGUAACUCCCAGCCUCCUCAACAGUCACCCGAAGCCAUACCGGCCUACAAAGAGAUCUUUCUUAUGGUCAACAAGUACUGUCACCAUCGUAUCAACACCUUCGUAUCUUUGGGAAUCUUCGAUGCCACCUUCUCCUUAGCCAUGCAAUGUCUCGAACAUACCAUCACGGACUUGUUCUUCGAGGCUCACGAGUUUAUCAUGAUAGUAUUGACAUAUUUGAAUCCAAAUCUCUACAUUAGAGACAAAGAUACAAUGAGUAAGAUCAUGAAGACAAUGGAAGUGUGUGGAAUGCAAUUGACUCGGAUUUGUUGUAAAAAUGCAUUUACGGCGAUAGAACCUGAGAUAACUGGAUGUGGAACAUCGAUGUUGCAGGCGUUGAAGGCGGUCAAUGAAAGUGUAAGCUUGUUUGAUGUAAAAUAAUAUAAAAAUUAAUUUUAAGACUUUUCUUUUAAAAAGUAAACUUUUAAUUUUAGAAAAUAGCGCAAUGGGUAAAAGAAUACCUGGACGAUAACCACCACGGCACUGUACCUCAUACCCAAAGAAGUCGGUUUGUAGAAGAAUUCAUCCAAUGCAACGACAAAGAUGCCAUUUCUUCUUUGUUAAAGGACUUUAGCACUCACUUCAAACUGUAA